AUGAACGAAACAGAGCCGGCGAUCAUUGCAGCUCAAUUGCGCAAAGCUGUAAGUGAUUUACGCGUCCGUGGGCUUAAUCUAGCUAGAAAAUUUGCAGCAGAUCUUCUUCUUGGCAUGGGUAAAACUGCAUACCAUCGGUUGUCCCCGUACGAAUUGCAGAAAGAUGUAGACACUGAGGAUGAGCCUGAGAACUGGAUAGAGAGCGACCGCUUUGAGGCUUCCAAGGCUUGCUUUGAUGUAGGCGAAUAUCUCCGUGCCAACUCUUUAUUAUCUUUCGAUAAUGAGAGUAAUAUGGGCACAUUUUGUACCCUUACGCACAAAUCGCGCUUUCUUAAAGAUUACGCGCUCUUCCUGGCUGGAGAAAAAUUAAAAGAGGAGAUGAAUCUCGAAAUAAAUAUUUCUGGCAGCAGCAAAGACCGUAACGUGCAUCACCAAGGUACUAACCCUUACCUUCAAGAGCUAUACCGGUCGCUUAGUGCCUCAUACCAACAAAACACACUGGAUGGAUUUGGCCUCUACCUAUACGCUGUCGUUCUAAAGCGCUUAGGCUACAGCACCAGUACUGGAAGUACGCAAGCUCAAUCGUCGACCCCGACUAGUAUGAAAACGCGGCAUUGGGUGGAUUUUGCUGAAGAACAAAAGCGUCAGCAAGUGCAUGGCCCCAUCGCUGGCAACAGUCAAAGUGAUAAUAAAAGAGAGCCAAGUGUACCCACUACACUGACAUUUGACGUCACCACGCGGUUUAUCUUAAUAGAAUCGAUUCGUCGGUACCCGUGGAACUGGUCAAGCUGGAUGGAACUUGCAGCACACUCUCCUUUCACAUCCAACGAAGAAGAAGUGAUUUUGGCGACGAGCUGUCGGUGGAUGUUUCAACUCUUUCAAGCACAUGUCCUGCUUGACCAACAGCAGAAUGAUGCUGCGCGCACGCUUUUGACAGGCUUAGAAGAACAGUUUCCGCAGAGUACCUACCUUUUGGCGCAGCAGGCACUGACAAGCUACCACAUUCGAGACUUUGACCAGUCUCAAGAACAGUUCGAGCGUCUAGCUGCAAAAGAUCCACAUCGGGUGGAUAAUAUGGAUGUGUACUCAAACGUGCUGUAUGUGAAGGAGGACAAGACCGAACUUAGUCGAUUGGCACACCGAGCUCUUAAAGUGGAAAAGUACCGGCCGGAGACGUGUUGUAUCAUUGGAAACUACUACUCGAUCAAGAACAAGCACGAUCACGCCAUUAUUUAUUUUCACCGUGCGUUAAAGCUUGAUCCAAAUUUCCUUUCGGCAUGGACACUCAUCGGUCACGAGUAUAUUGAAAUGAAGAACACAAGUGCAGCCAUUGAAGCUUACCGCCACGCGGUUGAUCUUAACACACGAGACUAUCGUGCUUGGUAUGGACUUGGGCAGGCAUACGAAAUUCUGAACAUGUUCCUGUACAGCAUCUAUUACUAUCGUAAAUCUGUGGCGAUCCGUCCCUAUGAUGCACGCAUGUGGUGUGCUUUGGGUGGUUGCUACGAAAAAUUGGAUAAAGUUGAUGAAGCUCUCGCGUGCUUUCACCGUGCCGUUAAUAAUCAAGAUCGCGAAGGUAUUGCGUCAUACCACCUAGGCCGAAUUUAUGCAUCGCGUGGUCAGCAACAUGAUGCUGCCAAGUAUUACCGGCUGCACCUUGGUCUUCGAAGCGUUCCAGCAUCGCUUUCGCAAGAUCAGAAUGGCAAUACGAAAUUAGUGCCAAUUGAUUAUGACCAUCAUAGCGAAGAUCAGAUAGAGGGGCUUGUUCUUCGUAGCAGCAAUGACGGUAACAUUUGCGUGGAUACCGCCCCCCGCGUUGGCGGCAAUACUGUUCCUUGCCAACUACUAUAA